UUUCCAACAUGGCGGCGCCCUACACGGUCGCUGAUGGUGUCCACGAAUCCACUUGCAUUCUGUCACAAUCAUCCGCCGGGCACGAAAAGCGGCCUCAGUUCGGGACUCGUUUCCUGACGGACCCCCGACAGGUCUUCCAGCACAACGCGUGGGACAACGUGGAAUGGACUGAGGAGCAAGAAGCAGCUGCAAAGAGCAAAGUACAAGAGAAUAGUCAGCCGCUGCCUCCAGAGAAACAAGAGGACUUUGACAGCCGAGCGAACGAGUACUGGAAUGACUUCUACACCAUCCAUGAGAACCGCUUCUUCAAAGACCGCCACUGGCUCUUCACCGAGUUCCCCGAACUGGCGCCAGCCUGCCUCCACGACCGACGUCCCUAUCCCGAUCGCCGUCACAGUCCUCAGUCCAGUUUGGUUCCAAGUGGCGAUGUCGCCGCCUUCGAGGCGACCGACUUCCCGGGUUCUUCCGCCUCGUAUCGUAUUCUCGAGGUCGGCUGUGGUGUUGGCAACACGGUUUUUCCCAUCCUGAAGACCAACAACAACCCGGGACUUUUUGUGUACUGCUGCGACUUCGCCAGCACCGCCGUGGAGCUCGUCAAGGCUAACCCGGAGUACGACGCCGGGCGCUGCUUGGCCUUCGUGUGCGACUUGAGCGACGACUGCGCGGCCUACCCCGUGCCGGACGGAAGCCUCGACGUGGUGGUGCUCAUCUUCGUGCUGUCGGCGUUGCAUCCCGACAAGAUGCGGGCAUCCGUGAGCAGAUUGGCACGGUUGCUAAAGCCCGGCGGGGUGAUGCUGCUGCGGGACUACGGACGCUACGAUAUGGCCCAGCUGCGCUUUAAAAAAGGAAGGUGUCUGUCAGAUAACUUUUACGUCCGUGGUGAUGGAACCAGGGUGUACUUCUUUACGCAAGACGAGCUGCAUGACUUAUUCACUGAGGCCAGGCUGGAGAAGGUGCAGAACCUAGUGGACCGGAGGCUUCAGGUGAACCGCGGCAAGCAGCUCACCAUGUACAGGGUGUGGAUUCAGUGCAAAUACCGACGGAACCCAGAGGAGAAACCCAACUCAGCUUGAUACUAAGAUACUGCAUUAACUGCCAUCAUGUGUCAUUCUUUGCUAUACACACCUGAGAAGUGUUUCUUGCCACCUGGAUGAGUUUUCUUAAGCAAUAUUUUGGAAUAUAAUGGCCUGAUUUUAACCUUUUUGUCCAUGCAAAAUGAAUAAAAUGGUCAAUAAUUA